CAAGAAACAAAACAAGAAAAAAAUUGAAAAAUCAAAAAGAAAAAAAAUUCUUUGAAUUAAAACCAUAUAAGUAACUGGAAAUUUUUCAUUUUUCUUCCCUUUUUUUCUUUGUGAUCUCUGGUUCCCUUUAGACAAAGGGGAAUCAGAGGAUCAAACACAACAAAAUUUUCAUAAAAAACAUUAUUAUUUAAGAAUCAAGAAUCAAGAACAUGCAGAAUCAUUGAUUUGGCAGUUUCUUUUUCUUGAUAAAAAACGUUUCUGGUAUAAAGAAACGAAAUUUGAGAUAAAAAAUUGAAAUGAGUAUGACACAAAAUGUUGGAAGAAUGGAAGGUUGGUUGUAUACAAUAAGGUCUAAUAGAUUUGGCAUGCAAUUUUCUAGGAAGAGGUAUUUUGUUCUUCAAGAUAAUUGUCUCAAAAGCUUCAAAUCCAUACCCAUUUCUCAUGAUGAGGAGCCGGUUAGAAGUGCAAUGGUCGACUCGUGCAUUCGCGUGACGGAUAAUGGAAGAGAAAGUAUCAAUAGAAAAGUCUUCUUCAUUUUCACACUUUAUAGUACUUUAAAUCACUAUGAUCAACUUAAGUUAGGAGCAACAAGUUCAGAAGAAGCAGCAGAGUGGAUGCAAAGUUUGAUGAACGCCUUGACAAAGGAAUGCCCGAUUACAUCAAAAGACUUUGUGGGUUCAUCUAAGAGGAAAUGGCCACCAUUAAGAUUCAGUGUUACAAAAAGGGUGGAGUGCAAGACAUCAAUAGAUUCCUACUCAGCUUUGCAGACUGAAGCAAUGACAAUGACAUUAGAUGUAAUUGCACCCUCCCCAUGGAAAAUAUUUGGCUGUCAGAAUGGACUGCGUCUCUUUAAAGAAGCGAAAGAUUGGGAUUCUCGCGGAGGGCAUUGGGAGGAUAAUCCUGCAGUUAUGGCAGUGGGUGUGGUUGAUGGGACUUCAGAGGCCAUUUUUCAGACUCUUAUGUCCCUCGGGCCAUUACGAUCCGAAUGGGACUAUUGUUUUUACCGCGGUAGCCUGGUCGAGCAUCUAGAUGGUCACACAGACAUCAUUCAUAAGCAAUUGUACAAUGAUUGGUUUCCCAGAUCGAUGAAACGAAGAGAUUUAUUAUUACGUCGGUAUUGGAGAAGAGAAGAUGAUGGCACAUAUGUAAUUCUAUACCAAUCCGUGAUUCACAAGAAAUGUCCUCCGCAAAAGGGUUAUAUUCGAGCUUGCUUUAAAAGUGGAGGAUAUGUAAUAAAUCCGAUAAAUCAAGGAACACGGUCACUUGUAAAACACAUGCUCGCCGUGGAUUGGAAGUCUUGGAAAUUAUAUGUGCGUCCAUCGUCUGAAAGAGCGAUAACAAUCCGAAUGAUUGAAAGAGUUGCAGCGUUACGAGAGCUGUUCCGAGCCAAAGCAGGAAAUUACUCUGACUUUUCAUCUGGAAAUUUUUCAAGACAACUUAUGCUGCCCGAGGGUCAAAAUUCCGACAUGAUUGUCGAACAUAUAAACUCAGAAAAGAUCAUAGAGGACUACAAGUUAAUAGAAGACGGCGCAGGAAAAUUCCGCAGAAGUAUAACUGGCCUGAGCGCUGUCUCUGACGAGUUCCUUGACGUCCCCAACGCCAACGAAAUGGAUGGUGAUUUCGAGAAUGAAUGGACUACUGAAAUGAGCUCAGGAACGCUCACACCGAAUAUGGUUCCGCCGCGAUUAUCAUCGGCCGCUGGCUUGGUGAAGAAAUUGCAUGACCUUGCAGUUCAAAAGAAGGGCUAUGUGGAAUUACUAGAUUUGAGUGGGGAAGAUAGCACAUUAUGCUCAUAUGGAUCUACUCUUCAAAAGGACCCAACUUUUGCUUCACCUUGCAGUUGGUCUGCUGCUGAUCCUUCCGCAUUUUUAAUACGCGGCGAAAAUUAUUUACGGGAUCAGAAAAAGAGCAAGGCAAAGGGUACUUUGACGCAAAUCGUUGGAGCAGAUUGGCUAAGAUCUAGCCAACGAGAGGAUAAUCUCGGAAGCCGUCCUGACAGCAUUGUUCAGAAGUACGCCGCGCAAUGUGGACCGGAAUUCUUCUUUAUUGUGAACAUACAGGUUCCAGGCUCAACUACACAUACCUUGGCAUUGUAUUACAUGCUAACGACUCCUCUAGAAGAGACUCCAUUGCUUCAUAAAUUCGUCAAUGGAGAUAAUGCCUUCAGAAAUUCAAGAUUUAAGCUCAUACCUUAUAUAUCUAAAGGAUCUUGGAUAGUGAAGCAGAGUGUUGGUAAGAAAGCUUGCUUGGUGGGUCAAGCCCUAGAAGUUAAUUAUUUUCGUGGGAAGAAUUACUUGGAGCUUCAAAUAGAUGCUGGAUCAUCUACAAUUGCAAGAGGAGUGGUCAGUCUUGUUCUUGGCUAUCUCAACAAUUUGGUCAUAGAAAUGGCUUUUUUGAUACAGGGUGAAACUGAAGAUGAGCUACCAGAAGUACUACUUGGAACGUGUAGACUUAAUCAUCUGGACGCAUCCAAAUCAGUGUUGGUUUGACACUAAAUUCUAAUUCAAUGUGAAGCUUAAUUAAUUCAGAUCAUAAUGAAUUACUAAUCUUUCUAAUUUUGUAAUUUUGUAAAAUUUCUUUUUCCUAAUUGUAAAAUUUCUUUUUUCCUAAUUGUAAAAUUACCAAUAUCUCAAAAUUAUGGCCUAAUAUUCACAUUACAGUA